AUGUCCAACCCGUACCAGUCCUCGCGCCCCGACGAGUCGCACAUGCCGCCGCGCCAGCCCCCCAAGCCCACCGACGCGAGCGAGUACCUCUGUGGAGGUGAGCUACAAGGCGGAGUGGAAGCUGACAGAGCAGACUGCGGUGCCAAGACGCAGAUCAAGAUGGGAGAGCUCAUUCGUUGUCGCGAGUGCGGACACCGUGUCAUGUACAAGCCCCGGACGCACAAGAGUGAGUUGUAG